CGAAAACCUCUAGGGAAACCAAUUCCACAAGCAUCUGCCAAGAGAGCAGCGGAGCACUCUACAGGAGCAUUUUCCAGAAACAGAGUAUCGGUACCUCCCUUGUGAGCCAAACCCGCAAGGAAUCUUUUUAUUUAAUCUUUUAUUCUAUUAAUUGUGUACACAAUUUGGACCAAUAAAAGAGAUACAUGUGGAAAAUAGUAAGGAAGAGCCAAUCAGGAAAAUACAUGUGUCAUUAAAAACACAAUAUGACCCACUUUAGUGGAUCAGCUUUAUAUAUUAUUAAGAUACAGCUCCCUUUCUUCCAUGGUUUCUUUAUUGACAUUGUGUACUCAAACCUUAAACUCAAGAUUAGAUGGCAGGGACAAGUUUUUCCUUGGCGCACAGUGAGCCAAGACUAGUGGCGCCAGCAGGACCAACUCCACAAGAAGUAAAGAAGCUCUCAGACAUAGAUAGCCAAGAAGGGCUUCGUUUUCAGUUUCCUCUAGUAAUGUUCUACCAAAACAGUCCAAUCAUGGAAGGAAAAGACCCUGCUGUGAUAAUAAAACAUGGUUUGGCUGAAGCACUUGUUCACUAUUACCCACUUGCUGGUAGGCUCAUAGAAGGGCCUAACAGGAAGUUAAUGGUGGAUUGCAGUGGUGAGCUGGGGAUUUUGUUCAUUGAAGCUGAUGCUGAUGUUUCUCUCCAGCAGCUAGGGAAUGCAAUUCUUCCACCUUGUCCUUACAUGAAAGACCUCCUUCUUGAGGUGCCUGGAUCUGAAGGAAUUCUUGGAUGCCCUUUGUUGUUGGUUCAGCAACUACUUGGGGUUUUUCAAAGGAAAAUAAUUGACUUGUGGAGAAGAAGAAGAAGACAUCACACAGAAGAGAAGAGAAAUAACUGAUGAUCUCAGGUGGAGGAGGAAGUUCAUCAACAUCCUCAUGGGGACCAACGAC